GCCAACAUGGCUUCCCCCCCGCACCAGCAGCUGCUGCAUCACCACAGCACCGAGGUGAGCUGCGACUCGAGCGGCGACAGCAACAGCGUGACGGUGAGGAUCAACGCCAAGCAGCAGCAGCAGCAGGGCUGUGCCUCGGCCAAGCACUGCAAGUACAGCAUCUCGUCCAGCUGCAGCUCCGGGGAGUCGGGGGGCACGCGCCGGGCCGCGGCCGGCCACAGCGGCGGCCUGCGCCGGCACAAGAAGCUGCCGCAGCUCUUCGAGAGGGCCUCGUCCAAGUGGUGGAACCCCAAGUUCGACUCCAACAACCUGGAGGAAGCCUGCAUGGAGCGGUGCUUCCCGCAGACCCAGCGCCGCUUCCGCUACGCCCUCUUCUACAUCGGCGUGGCCUGCCUGCUCUGGGGCAUCUACUUUGGCAUCCACAUGAAAGAGAAACUGCUCGUUUUCGUGGUGCCGGCUCUGUGCUUCCUCUUGGUGUGCGUGGCGUUUUUUGCGUUCACCUUUACCAAGACUUACGCCCGCCAUUACGUGUGGACUUCGCUGACGCUCACCCUCCUGGUGUUCGCCUUGACGCUGGCACCGCAGUUCCAGGUGCUGACACCUCUCUCAGGAAGCGGUGACGUGGCCAACCAGACUCCCCCAGCCAACCCCUCGGACACUUGCCUUUCUCAAGUAGGCAGUUUUUCUAUGUGUAUUGAAGUGCUCUUGUUGCUUUACACGGUGAUGCACUUACCCUUGUAUUUAAGCUUGUUUCUGGGCCUCUCUUACUCGGUCCUCUUUGAGACCUUCGGGUAUCACUUCCGCGAUGAGAACUGUUUUACGCCUCUUGGCGCCGGGGCGGUUUACUGGGAGUUGUUGAGCAAAGCCUUCCUCCACAUCUGUAUCCACGCCAUCGGCAUCCACCUAUUUAUCAUGUCCGAAGUCAGAUCGAGAAGCACAUUCCUGAAAGUGGGGCAAUCAAUCAUGCAUGGAAAAGACUUGGAAGUGGAAAAAGCCCUGAAAGAGAGGAUGAUUCAUUCUGUUAUGCCGAGAAUAAUAGCUGAUGACUUAAUGAAACAGGGGGAUGAUGAAAGCGAAAACUCUGUCAAACGUCAUUCCACCUCAAGCCCCAAAAGCAGGAAGAAGAAGCCCUCCAUCCAGAAAACCCCCAUCAUAUUCCGUCCUUUCAAAAUGCAGCAGAUAGAACAAGUGAGCAUUUUGUUUGCAGAUAUCGUUGGCUUCACGAAGAUGAGUGCAAACAAGUCUGCCCAUGCCCUCGUGGGACUCCUGAACGAUCUCUUUGGCCGCUUCGACCGCCUGUGUGAAGACACCAAGUGUGAGAAGAUAAGCACGUUGGGAGACUGUUACUACUGCGUAGCUGGUUGCCCAGAGCCUCGGGCAGAUCACGCUUAUUGCUGCAUUGAGAUGGGCUUAGGGAUGAUUAAAGCUAUCGAGCAGUUUUGCCAAGAGAAGAAAGAAAUGGUGAACAUGAGGGUCGGUGUUCAUACGGGCACGGUCCUCUGUGGCAUUUUGGGAAUGAGGAGAUUCAAGUUUGAUGUGUGGUCCAAUGAUGUCAAUUUGGCCAAUCUCAUGGAACAGCUGGGGGUGGCUGGAAAAGUCCAUAUUUCAGAAGCUACUGCAAAAUAUUUGGAUGACCGCUACGAAAUGGAGGAUGGAAAGGUGAUUGAACGAGUUGGUCAGAGUGUGGUUGCCGAUCAGUUAAAAGGUUUAAAGACUUACCUGAUAUCUGGUCAGAAGGUGAAGGACCCUCCCUGCAGCUGCUCACAGGCUCUGCUUCCUGGCUUGGAGUCGGGGGAUGCAACUAAGAUCCAGGGAGCGUCGUCAGCUGAGAACACCGGUGAUUUAACGAAGACUCUCAAACRUGCAGAAAAACCCAAGCCUUGUCCUUCAUGUAGUACCACCCUUCCUCCCCAUUGCGAUAUCAGCAUAGAAGAAGGAGCUAUCCAAAAUGGUUGUCAGGAUGAACACAAAAACAGUACUAAGGCUCCAGGUGGACAUAAUCCAAAGACUCAAAAUGGGCUUUUGAGUCCUCCACAGGAAGAAAAACUGAGCAAUAGUCAGACCUCCCUUUACGAAAUGUUGCAAGAGAAAGGAAGAUGGGUGGGAGUGAGUCUGGAUCAGUCGGCUCUCCUUCCUUUGAGGUUUAAAAACAUCAGAGAAAAGACAGAUGCUCACUUUGUGGAUGUGAUUAAAGAAGACAGCCUCAUGAAAGACUACUUCUUUAAACCGCCUAUCAACAAACUGAGCCUCAACUUCUUAGAUCAGGAUUUGGAGAUGACCUACAGGACGAGCUAUCAGGAAGAGGUCAUAAAAAAUGCUCCGGUGAAGACRUUCGCCAGUGCUACCUUCAGCUCGCUCCUGGAUGUGUUCCUUUCCACCACAGUCUUCCUAAUACUCUCCAUCACGUGUUUCCUGAAGCACGGGAUGGCCUCGACCCCUCCGCCGCCAGCAGCAGUUGUGGUCUUCGUCAUCGCCAUCCUGAUAGAAGCGCUGUCCCUUGUCAUCUCAAUUAGAAUGGCCUUCUUUCUGGAGGAGGUGAUGGCUUGCACGAAGCGUCUCCUGGAGGUCAUCUCUGGCUGGCUGCCUCGACAUUUUUUUGGUGCAAUCCUAGUUUCUCUCCCAGCUCUUGCAGUUUUUUCACACUUCACCUCUGAAUUUGAAACAAAUAUUCAUUAUACCAUGUUUAUGUGUUGUGCGAUUCUGAUCACCAUUGUCCAGUACUGUAACUUCUGCCAGCUUAGCUCCUGGAUGAGAUCCCUGUUGGCAACGAUAGUAGGAGCCGUGCUUCUCAUUUUGCUCUACGUCUCCUUGUGUCCGGACAGCUCGGUGGAAACUUUUCAUCUAGAUUUGGCACAGAACCUCAGCUCCAGAAAGGGUCCGUGCAACAGCUCGGUGCCGAGUGACACCAGGAGGCCUGCAGAUCUCAUUGGUCAGGAAGUGAUACUGGUUUUCUUCCUUCUGCUGCUUCUGGUUUGGUUUCUGAACCGAGAGUUUGAAGUCAGCUACCGCCUGCACUACCAUGGAGAUGUGGAGGCUGAUCUUCACCGCACCAAAAUUCAGAGCAUGAGGGAUCAAGCUGACUGGUUGCUGAGGAAUAUUAUUCCCUAUCACGUGGCUGAGCAGUUGAAGGUUUCCCAGAGCUAUUCCAAAAACCACGAUAGUGGCGGGGUGAUYUUUGCGAGUAUUGUGAACUUCAGUGAGUUCUACGAAGAGAACUACGAAGGAGGCAAAGAGUGCUACCGAGUCCUGAACGAAUUGAUUGGAGAUUUCGAUGAGCUGCUCAGCAAACCGCAUUACAGCAGCAUUGAGAAAAUCAAAACAAUUGGGGCUACCUACAUGGCUGCUUCAGGACUGAACACCUCACAGUGUCAAGACAGCAACCAUCCACAUGGACAUCUGCAGACCCUUUUUGAAUUUGCCAAAGAAAUGAUGCAAGUGGUGGAUGACUUCAACAACAACAUGCUGUGGUUUAAUUUUAAACUUAGGAUUGGCUUUAACCACGGCCCCCUCACUGCUGGGGUCAUUGGCACCACCAAGUUAUUGUAUGACAUUUGGGGUGACACUGUGAACAUUGCUAGCAGAAUGGACACCACUGGCGUCGAGUGUCGCAUACAGGUGAGUGAGGAGAGCUACCGCAUCCUGAACAAGAUGGGGUAUGACUUUGAUUACAGGGGGACAGUCAAUGUCAAGGGGAAAGGUCAGAUGAAGACCUACCUGUACCCCAAAUGCAUGGACAAUGGGAUUGUGCCCCAUCACCAGUUGUCUAUAUCUCCAGACAUUCGGGUUCAAGUGGAUGGCAGCAUUGGGCGAUCUCCGACGGAUGAGAUUGCCAACCUGGUGCCUUCUGUACAGAAUUCUGAUAAGACAGCCCAUGGCACAGAUAACUUGGAAGCUAAGGACAUCCUUCCUUCCUCCAAGAAGCUCCAGAAAGAUGUGCUGAAAGCGGAAGAGAGGUGCAGGUUUGGCAAAGCUAUAGAGAAGACUGACUUAGAGGAAGCAGGAACUGAGGAGGUCAAUGAACUGACAAAGCUAAAUAUCUCUAAGAGUGUAUGAUGCACUGUCAGAGUUGCAUGAAGUGCUCUGUCAAUAGAAACACAAAGACAUUAGCAAUUGGCAGUUUUCUUUUUGAGGAGAGACCUUCUCAACACCUGGGUUGUACGUUUGUUUUCAUUUCAGUGCCUGAUGCUGUGUGGAUCACAGUUCUUCAGGGCUUGUUUUCAUCCAUCUCUUUCCUCCAUGCCCCAAAUCCCAUCCCAAGCUCCCCAGCUCCCUGUGCAACCAUCUUUCAGCUGAGUAGAGGAUAUUAAGUGCCUUCAGAUAUACUCCAUUGGACUCCCUGUCAAGGUACAGAGGCCCCAAGUGAAAUCAUAGCUUUGGGUAUUUAUCUAAUUUUGAAGAAAAGAAAAGCUGUGGUUAUAUCAUUUUUAUUGUUCUUUCUCACAAAACACUUUUUUUGGCUAAUGCAACUCCUUGGGUUUUUUAUAUCUAUCUGAACAAUAUUUUACUGUUAUCAGACCUUUUGUAUGCAAACACACAGACAAAUGUGCAUGUUACCUACCAUACAAGACUGACAUAAAGUGCCAGUAAUGUACCACAAAAGAAUGUCUUGGCAAGGGCGGGGGGUGACACAAUUUUCCUUCGUGUUGGGCUGGAGGAGGAGUUCUGCAGUGGCUUAACGUUUAGUUGGAGUUGGCUGAACAACUGCUGUGGUUUAAUUCUCCUUCUACUGAUGCUUUCCUCAAAUUUCAUGUGCCAUGGUGUGCUUUGGAUGCACUUGUUUUCCAUAUAGCCAAUGAGUUCCUGAUACGUGGGUAUGGAAUCAGGGUUCGGACUUCAGCAACUCUCAGGACAGGGAUCCAGAAGCAGACAGGUGACCGUACGAGUGUUAAAAUUCAGGUCURAAGCGUCUAAAAGUUUCAUUUUGCUCCACCCCCUAGCUGAAUUUGAAAGGUAGGUGUGAAGGAAGGUGGCAUCUGGAAAGCUGGUCUGAUUUGAGAGGGAGAAAAGCUAAACAAAUGUUUUGGGGAUGCCUUUAUUUAUUUAUUUAUUUAAAGUCUAUUUUUAUGUGGGUUUUGUGGAAGGGAUUAGGAGAGGUGAGCUGUUAAUUGGCUUAAUAAGAGUAAUAAGAAGUCCAGUAGUGUUUCAGCCUCUUUGAACUACCAACCACUGUGAGGAUGUUACCUAGGCAAUAUUUGUUUCCAAGCUGGAGAAACCAGCGAAGCCACCAGACGCCACUGAGGAUCCCAGCUUCCCUCUGUACUGAAUUAAUGGUGCUGCACAAUAUUUUUCAGGAUUUGCCCCCUGCACUGUGCUUUUUUGCAGCAGGGAAGAGGACAGCGUGUUCCCUGCGUGCCGCUGAAAGCAGGAAUAGGGAAAGAGUCCUUCAUUGUGAGCUGAGAAGCACAAUAACUGCCCAGCCCUACAGGCGACUUUGAGCAGAUCCCUGGGGCCGGGGAUCUGCGGGAGCACAGGAAGCCCUUGGCACAGAGGUGGCUGCAGGAUUUGGGGCCUUAGGCUAGCCCAGUCCUCCCCUUGCAUGCUUCCAUCCCUUGCAUUUGAUGCUCUACUUCAGAUAAUCAUCAUGAUUCAGUUAUUCCAGUUUAGCCAACACAUGUGAUGCCAAAAGAGAGAUCUUUUGUACCCCAAAUAAGUUCAUUAGCCAGAGAAAAGCUGGUGAAAUGCGAUGCUGUAUUGUCUGCGUAUUGACAUGUCUUCUGACUAUUUCUUUCCAUCUGAACUGAAAGCAGAAUAUAUUGAUACUUCUUUUUAUUCCCAGUGUGAUUUUUGUGGAGUUUGAGUAAUAAUAAAUACAUACAUUGUGAAGUUCUGUUUAGCUCUGUGAGAUCCAUCUAUGCUCCCUGGUGAGCACGGAGCUUUGAAGCCUUUGCCAAAUGUUAGUCUGUGGGAUAUUUGGAUCUCAGUUACAUUAAAUGAGGUUCUGAACACUGUUCUCAGAAAAGCUGCCGUUUAUGCAUCUUUAAAUUAGCUUUGCCAUGAAAGCUGUUUAAAAUGAACCUUGCUCAAUCUCCCAGCACACACAAAAUCCUGGGUCCUUGGCCUUGCACCCUUUAGUCACAGAUGCUGUAAACCUGCUUUGGGGCUGCUCCCGACGAGCAACAGGAUAAUGUUUUCCUUAAUGCACAGUUCUGCAACAGCCUUCCUUGUCAGCAGAUUUGAAAUAGUCCCUUCCCCCUCGCCACCCCAUUCUUAAUGGGUUGCACUUCCAACUUUCAGGUAGUAAAACUCUGCAAAUACCUCUUGCAUCCAAAGAAUGUAUUCUUGAAACCCCUGUUCGGAUUCUUGUUUCGGUUAUGUCAGUGUGUGUCAGUAUUUCUUUUCUUACAGUAAAGGAGUUAAUGUUGUCUAGAAUUGUUUACAUGCCUGCUAGUGUUAGGUGUCUCAAAGUUGUUAAUGCCUUUUCACCUUUCAUUUGUUUUUUUUUUUCCCGAUUUUAUAGGGACAACCRUGUAUCUAGUGGUAGAAUAGCAUUUCCCUCGUUGAUGGGCUGUGGAUCCUGACAAAGAUCAAUCAAGAUGUGCCCACUUCUCCUUCCUGUUAAAGGCUAGACCUCCACCAGCAACAGUCCUGCAUACAGUGAGAGGUUUGCACGUUGUGACUAAACUUAAACGGAAUGGGGCAGUCCAGGUCCUGGUGUAGGGCCUGGGGCUGAGAGCUCCUUUCUUGAGGUGUUGCAUUCAUACACUGCAGAAAUCGAAGUUCUCA